AUGUAUCGAGGAACGACAUUAAUUCUGCUGUGUCUUUCGAUUACGCUAUCGUAUUCGGAGUUAUUUAGUGCUGAAAAAUUCAGGUUUUACGCGAAGUUCUUAAAAUUUAACACGUUAAAUGUCAACGAUACCGGAAACGAGCUAUGGCAUGGACUUUUUAGGGAUUGCAAAAAGAAAGUGACGUUUUCAUGCAUACAAAAAAAUGCAUACACGUAUCUUGACAAUGUGUUCAUCGAAAGGGACAAUAUCACCGUUUUCGAUGGUCUUACACUUACGAAAAACAACAUCACUUACGAUACGUGCCCUAAGAGAGAAAAUCGUAAUAAUGUCCACGAGAAUAUCGUAGAUGUCGACGUGAAUGAUUGUAAAAAUAAAGCCGAAGAAGCAGAGAUCCAGGGUCGAAAGUUUGGUGAUGAAUCACCACUUGAAGAGAUUACAAACGCUCUGCGGCGGAAAACAGUGAAAUUUUUGUCAACUCGUAAUUAUGAAAUUCAACUUCCGCAAUUUUUCUUUGAGGGUGCCACAAUGAAGAUAAGCCCGCGCGAGAUAGACGAGAACGGCGCAUUACUCAGGGUAGAUUUUGGAACUGAAGGUGUACAAGAGCAGGGGCGAAUUUUUAAAAAAAUCAAGAAAUUCAUACAAAAUAAAUUGUUGACCAGCUUUCUGGCGCUCCUUUUAAUUAUCAAGUUAAUUAAAGUGAAAUUUCUAUUCAUAAUACCAUUUCUCUUUGGUGUGGGAGCUGCCAAGAAACUUUUCCUAAAAUUGCUGCUCUUCUUCAUACCCGCAUUUGCUCACAUAUUUAAGCUUUGCUCUAGCUAUUAUUCAAGCCAAGCCACCAAGUUCCAUCAUCACCAUCAUCAGGUAGCGCAUCAUCAUCAUCACGUGCCGGUCCCAGUAGCUGUUCCAACGUACUACGAUCACUCUCAUGAUAAUUUAGACGCUUUCACCGAUUUUUCUCAUCCUCACAUUCAGUAUCGGAAGGAUUUGGAAGAACUAAAAGAAUGGGGUAUCGAGCCUCAAAACGAACCCUACGAAGAGUCCAGUCAAACUAUAACUCGCGUAGUACCAGCUCCGACCUCAGUUUCGGGACUUACAUACUCAGGCCCAUACGGAUUGCCUCAAUAUGCGCCGAACGUAAAGCCAAUUACAUCUUCAUAUCUGGACAAUUCCAAUGCCCACAACUUGGUAUAUUCCGGAUACCGGCGACCCGCGUCACAGCCAACUUCCGCCGCUAUACUUUCGAUAAACCCAGGCCUCGUGUCUGCAAAGACACCGAUAAAGAAUUCUUACGCGAUAUUUACGCCAAACAUACGCCCGAUUCACCCAAAUCAGGCACAGAGGUUUUUGACACCUGUCGCAUCUUCUCCUGUAUCGAUUUCGCGAAAGGAUACAGAAGACGAGUAUUACGGCCCGAUAAUCGCUCGACUGGAGGAUAUCUUCGGACAGUUGAGAUUCUAUGAGGAGACGUGCAGAGAGAUGCUCGUUUGCAGUAUGUACAAAAAUCCAGCGGGUUACUCACCACACAGUAACCUCGUGUCGAAUGAACUUUCCAGAGAUCCGCAAGAACUCAGGCGUGAUGUAACAGGAAGUACGUCCAGUCAGAAAUUCUAUAGAUAUAUGAAUGCAGCCAGACAUGGUCAAAAUGGUGGAGAUUGCCUCAAAACCUAUCCGUGUCGUAAUAUCGAAUAA